UUUUGUAUUGUAUUGCCGCAGUAUUUUAACGCAGAUCUGUCACAUUUUCAGCCCUGCGCCCCACGCCCUUGAAUCACUUUUGUUGCAAUGGCUCCUCGCAACACCAUCUUGGCAGCUGCCGGCCUUGUCGCCGGUGGUUACGUGGCCACGCAGGCAUUUGUGCCAAGUGCUUCCGGGCCUGUUGUGAGCACUGAAGCCGUGGCCAACUUGCGUGGUGCCUCAGCUGCCCCAUCGCAGGGAUUCGGCAGCGCACUGCCGCUGAUGGGCCUCGUUGGCGUCGGAGCCGUGGCUGCUGGACGCAGCCGCAUGGCCCGACGAGCUGAGCCCGUGUCUGCUGCUGCCGCUGCCGCUGCUGCUGCAAAAGCAGCUGCUGCAGCCAAGGGAGCGACUGCAACCACCUCAGCUGUUGCAGGCUCUGCUGGUGUUGGCUCCUUGAAAAAGGGAGAGGAAACCGUUGCAGGCAAGGGUGGAGGAAGUUCAAGCUUUGACCCUGCUACCCAGAUUGGCGCUAUGGCUCCUUUGGGCUUCUUUGACCCGGUAGGGUUUUGCAAGAAGGGCGAUGAGGCCGGAUUCCGCAACCUUCGUGCUGCUGAAAUCAAGCAUGGCCGCGCUGCGAUGAUGGCAGCCCUUGGUGCAGUGGUGCAACACUAUGUGAAGUUCCCUGGCUUUGAGUCUGUUCCAAGUGGCCUUGCUGCUUCCAUCACAGCUCCAGGAAGCUAUGGCUUUGUGGCUCUUUUCGCUGUGGCUGGCAUCCUUGAGUUGGGCGCGUGGACUGAGAGUGAUGACAAGGAGCCAGGAAACUUCGGUGACCCCCUUGGCCUGAACCAGUACAACCAGGAAAUGAGAGAGCGUGAGAUUAACAACGGCCGCUUCGCGAUGUUCGCGGCUAUUGGCAUCAUUGCCGCGGAGCUGUACACGGGAAAGGAUGCCGUUGAGCAGUUCGGGCUGUAGACGUCUGCGUGUUUUCCACAUUUUCGGGUGCUGGCUCCUUUUUUUGGUACAGAUGAGCUGAGCGCCACCGAACAUGGUAUACAUGAUGUUGUGGCCGUGGUCGGUGAAACUUUUCUUAGUAUCUAAUUUUCAGCGGCUGGAGUAUAGAAUGUGAGCGUAGGAAUCAUUGAGGCGACAGAGUUGUCAAUGAAAUUUCCCAGUUGCCCGCAGCACCUGCAAACCAAAUUGAUUUAAAAGAAAAAAUCAGCAGCAA